AUGGAUAGAAGGUGUUUUGCCAUUUUAUGUCAUUUACUAAGGACGACUGCUGGAUUAGUCGGAACGGAAGUUAUAGAUGUAGAGGAGAUGGUUGCCAUGUUCCUGCAUAUAUUAGCUCAUGAUAUGAAGAAUCGAAUAAUACAAAGGGAAUUUGUACGGUCUGGUGAGACUGUUUCUAGACAUUUCAACCUUGUCUUGUUAGCAGUUUUGACGUUACACAACGAGUUGUUGAAAAAACCUCAGCUAGCAACAAACUCGUGCAUGGAUCCGAGAUGGAAAUGGUUUGAGAAUUGUCUUGGUGCGUUAGAUGACACAUACAUUAAGGUGAAUGUCAGUGCAACUGAUCGUCCAAGAUACAACACACGAAAGGGUGAAGUUGCGACAAAUGUACUUGGUGUUUGCGAUAAAAAAGGUGAUUUUGUGUUUGUUUUAUCUGGGUGGGAAGGAUCGGCCGCUGAUUCUAGAAUUCUUAGAGAUGCAAUAUCAAGACAUAAUGGACUGAAGGUUCCAAAGGCCCCAUAUAGGGGAGAAAGAUAUCAUCUAUCAGAGUGGCGUGGAGGAAGUAAUGCACCAACAACAGCUCGAGAGUUCUUCAACAUGAAACAUUCGUCGGCACGGAAUGUCAUCAAAAGAGCAUUUUGGUUGUUAAAAGGUUGCUGGGCAAUUUUAAGAGGAAAGUCAUACUACCCAGUCGAUGUCCAAUGUCGAACAAUCAUGGUGUGUUGUCUGCUACACAAUCUUAUCAAUAGAGAGAUGACUAACAGUGAAAUAAUCGAUGAUUUGGAUGAGGGGGAUUCAACAUACGCUACAACUGGAGGUGACGAGAUUAAUUACAUUGAGGCUUCAAACGGAUGGAGUGAAUUGAGGGAUCAAUUGGCUCGUACGAUGUUCAGUAAUUGGGAGUUACAUGACCAGUAG